UUGGCCUAUGACUCCUACUUUAUAGGAAUUCAUAUGUUUGUAUUUUAGUUAAUCGGAUAUAUGGCACGUAAUGUGUUGUUUGUAAUAUUUAAAUACCACACUAUAAUUGAUUUAAGGAACAUACACGUAGCCAAUAUAGGAUGAUAUAAUAUUACAGCCGGCUUUUAUGUGAACAAUUGCUAAGAGACAUGACGUGUGCGGGCUCUGCCCCGCCCUCAACCCUUAGACCCGUGUCAGUUCUACAGAGACUGCGCGAGUUUCACGAAUACACUGUAUCCAUUUCCGCUGUCAUUAUUAGCAUACAGCGAGAGAAAAACAGACAGAUACUAGACAGCUGACUGGCGAGUCUAGCUUUCCGACCGCUGAACAGUAACGCAGUCCGCUGCCCGGGUAGUACCUGCUCCUCUCCGAUUCGGGCUUCAUGUUCCUGUGUCAGACACUGCAGAAGAAGGGUCCUGAAGCGAAGCUGGUUUAGCCCGAUAGGAUCUCUGCUUUGCAGUUGGAAUAAAAGAUGUGCAAUGGAAUGGUAGCACCAAAGACAAGAUUCCUCGUCCACGUCCUUACUGUUUAUGACCGACUCUUUGUGUCCCUAGUGGUGUUACUGGCUGUCGUCUCCCAAGGACUGGCAUCAGGGUGUCAACCGCCGUUUGAGCCGGAGAACGGGGGGUACAAAUGCCACCCCUCACCUUGCCUCCAGCUGACGGAGGGCACUGUGAUCGAGUAUUUCUGCGACGAGGGCUACACGCUGAAGGAGGAUUACAAAUACCUAACCUGCGAGAACGGAGAGUGGAACACUGCCACGGAGAUCAGCUGCAGGCUCGGCCAGGAUAAAGACCAGCGCUCGUCCCUGGAGGUGCCCACACUCUCCAUCGUCGCCACAACCGUAAGCUCUGUGGCCCUCAUCCUCCUGCUCGUGGUCCUGUUUGUUCUGCUGCAACCGAAACUCAAAUCUUUCCAUGACAGCAGGCGUGACCCCGGAGUGUCUGGCGAUCCUGUUUCCAUCGUAGUGGGGGGUGUGCAGGUGGCUCUGCCUUCGUAUGAGGAGGCCGUGUACGGCAGCAGGGGGGCCAGCGUCCCCCCAGCCGAGUCCCGGGUGCAGAUUGUCCUGUCGGAGGACUCCCCCAUUGAGUCAGACACCCUGGGACAAGCUGAGGGGAGCCAGGCCAGCGGCUUUCAGUGCUCUGAGACAGUGCUGGUGCACCCGGCCCCCACCUCCUCCUCCUCCUCCUCCUGGGCCAGCGCAGCAGCCACCCGUCCUCAGCGGCAAGACUCGGAGAGCAGCGACGAGCACAGCCUACUGUCCCUCAACUGCACAGAGGAUUUCGCUGAUGAUAUUCCUUUGUUAAAGGAAGCAUGAAGCCAGCUGACUGGCUGCCUUUAUUUAGGCUUUCCCCCUCGCCGCUAUCUCUGCAGUCCCUCCUGGACUGUGCGCUCUGAAGCCUUUACCCCCUCCUCCAAACCCAACUAGCCACAGCCUGUCAUCCAAAGGACUGCACAGAGACUGUUUCGCCAGUAUGAUUUACUUUCGUUCAUGCAGAGCACUUCCUGCAUGGCCAGGCUUCGGUAGGCCUGCUUACCCCAUUGAUAGAUGCAGGUUUCCAGCAAACAGGCAGUGAGCGGUUUAACACAGACCAUAUGAAGGGCAGGCUUUAAGUAGAGGGAUUCCUUGUAUCUGGGUUUGUUUAACACGCAUGCAGCUCUGUGUGCACAGCAGUGACUGUAGCUUAUGUACAUUUACUCACUGACACACGUGUACUCGCACUUCACAAACGCAUACACACCAAAUAAACAUUCACAAUUAUUCACGCUAAAUAAAGUUCAUAAUUAUUCACAAUAUACUCACAGACUUGCAUUCAAACACAGAACUACUUGCCCACACCCAACCUUACACAAAGCAUUAAACACAAGUGCACAUAUAAUUAGAUAUUUGCAGAAUUAGCACAACGCAAGCAUGCACACCACACACAUUCACAACUCAUCAUACAGCCAAGCUUACAAACACAGAGUUGCAAAGUGAGUUAGUAUCUCUGGGUCCAUUGCAACGAACUAAAACAAGCGUACACUGGGCAUGAUCCCGUGGUUAGUACAGAGCAUGGUACUAAACUAGUACGCAACUUAAUACCUAUUUUAACAAACUAAGCAGCUCCAGAUAGUCCCCAGCUGUGUAUUAAAGAUGUUCUCAAGUGCAACAAACCCAAAGUAACUACUGCUGCCCUCUAGAGGAUACUAAAUCACGUCACUAAGUUAGUCUAGCAAUUUCUUUAGACUAAAGACUUGUGGUAUCGUACUAACUGGAACAAAUAUGAAAAAUCCCCAGAUGUAUUGAACUAUUCAUUACCAAAGAGUAUAUAAAAUAAUUUUAAAAUAAACACGUGUCAAAACGUUUUCAACGAAAUCAUUUCAUCCUUCUUCACCUUAACUUAGGCCUAUUUUAUAAGUAAUAAUAAUACAUAAUUCCAGUAUGACUUUCUAGUGUCACUGCUUUCAGCCUCUUCCAGAGAUUUUUUUUUUUGUUUGUUUUUUAAAUUUGCUGCUGUACCUGACCGCCUCUUGGGAAGGCAGCAUUCAGCCAUCCUCCACAGUUUGAACACAAUCUCUUAUACACUCUAUGAAAUAAAGUUUUUGCCCCGUUGUAUAACGUUUCACACGACUACUGGCCAUGAUUGCCCUUGUGUGGAUGUACUGAGAUGAAGCUUUUAUAUAGGCUACACCUGAAAUAUGGCAUUUGCAUUUCUGAUUCAAUUUACACCUUAUAUAGUCUACAAUACAUCUUUGGUCCCAUAAACAAAUGCAUUUGUUUUCUGUGUGAAUUAAAUGAGGACUAAUACAAGUUUUGUUUAACGCAGCUUCAUUAAUUUUGGUCGUGUUUUAGGAAAAUUAGAUUAUACCUGUGAGUUUGGUUCAAGAAAAUGGGAAAAUGUUCUUAUGCAAUUCAGCCUUAGUAUUUCCUUUCGUGUGUGAAUACUUUUCCAUACAUCAUUUUCUGAAGUUCAAAAAAUAAAUAAAUUAAAAAACAAUAAUAAUUAAGAUGUUAAGUUUCUUAAAUAAAACAAUUUCAGUCUUGUUGCGAAAAAUAUAAUUAGCUGGAAGUAAUGGGAUGAUCCUGAGAUAGUACUGUAUUAGCUAGUCUGCAGCUGGGGAUGAUCCUGAGAUAGUACUGUAUUAGCUAGUCCGCAGCUCCGUACUAAAUCUACAAGUUCACUGCAAUUGACCCACUAUGGCCCGGUUUACAUUAUUAUUAUUAUUAUUAUUAUUAUUAUUAUUAGUAGUAGUAGUAGUAGUAGUAGUAGUAGUAGUAGUACUAGUAGUAGUAGUAGUAGUAGUAGUAGUAGUAGUAGUAGUAGUAUUUUUUUUUUUUUAAUAAUAAUAAUUUGUAUCAGGUGGAUGUCCAACUCUCCUUAUUUUCUGAUAAGUCUUCUCAUUCUAUCUUCUUUAACUGUCCAUGUAUUUCACAGUACUGGAGAGGUCAUGUAUUUCACAGUGCUCGAGAGGUCAUGUAUUUCCCAGUGCUCGAGAGGUCAUGUAUUUCCCAGUGCUCGAGAGGUCAUGUAUUUCCCAGUGCUGGAGAGGUCAUGUAUUUCCCAGUGCUGGAGAGGUCAUGUAUUUCACAGUGCUGGAGAGGUCAUGUAUUUCCCAGUGCUGGAGAGUUCAUGUAUUUCACAUUGCUGGAGAGUUCAUGUAUUUCACAGUGCUGGAGAGUUCAUGUAUUUCCCAGUGCUCGAGAGUUCAUGUAUUUCCCAGUACUGGAGAGGUCAUGUAUUUCCCAGUGCUGGAGGUCAUGUAUUUCCCAGUGCUCGAGAGUUCAUGUAUUUCACAGUACUGGAGAGGUCAUGUAUUUCACAGUGCUGGAGAGUUCAUGUAUUUCACAGUGCUGGAGAGUUCAUGUAUUUCCCAGUGCUCGAGAGUUCAUGUAUUUCCCAGUACUGGAGAGGUCAUGUAUUUCACAUUGCUGGAGAGUUCAUGUAUUUCCCAGUGCUGGAGAGUUCAUGUAUUUCCCAGUGCUCGAGAGUUCAUGUAUUUCCCAGUACUGGAGAGGUCAUGUGUUUCCCAGUGCUCGAGAGUUCAUGUAUUUCACAUUGCUGGAGAGUUCAUGUAUUUCACAGUGCUGGAGAGUUCAUGUAUUUCCCAGUGCUCGAGAGUUCAUGUAUUUCCCAGUACUGGAGAGGUCAUGUAUUUCCCAGUGCUGGAGGUCAUGUAUUUCCCAGUGCUCGAGAGUUCAUGUAUUUCACAGUACUGGAGAGGUCAUGUAUUUCACAUUGCUGGAGAGUUCAUGUAUUUCACAGUGCUGGAGAGUUCAUGUAUUUCCCAGUGCUCGAGAGUUCAUGUAUUUCACAGUACUGGAGAGGUCAUGUAUUUCACAUUGCUGGAGAGUUCAUGUAUUUCACAGUGCUGGAGAGUUCAUGUAUUUCCCAGUGCUCGAGAGUUCAUGUAUUUCACAGUACUGGAGAGGUCAUGUAUUUCACAGUGCUUGAGAGUUCAUGUAUUUUGCAGUGCUGGAGAGGUCAUGUAUUUCACAGUGCUGGAGAGUUCAUGUAUUUCCCAGUGCUGGAGAGUUCAUGUAUUUCCCAGUACUGGAGAGGUCAUGUAUUUCACAUUGCUGGAGAGUUCAUGUAUUUCACAGUGCUCGAGAGUUCAUGUAUUUCCCAGUACUGGAGAGGUCAUGUAUUUCACAGUGCUGGAGAGGUCAUGUAUUUCACAGUGCUCGAGAGUUCUCCCAUGCUGUAUGGGUAUGCAGGCUGUGUUUGACAAAGAGAGGCAGACUUCCAAACCUGCCAUUGCUGUCUAGAGGGCUGCGCUAUAAACACAUCUUUCAGCCUUUGUGUUCAAUUAAAGAUGAGUUCUAGGUUUAAGAAAGGGAAUUGUUUGCUUGUGGGAAUCUGUUUUUGUAUCUCUUGUAUAUCUUCUGUAAUCUGUUCUGAAAUCCAUCUCUCUCCCUCCCUCUCUGGCCCCCCUGUUUCUGUGUGAAGGUGGUGAGCAGAGACCCUGGAGCCUGUGCCUUAAGGGAGAGGGAGGGGUAUGGGAGUAAGAUGAGAUUUGAAAUGAUGAUGAUGUUUUGUGUGUUUGUUUUGUUUUCAUGUACAUUUUAAAUUGUGUGCUUUGGCCAAACAGAUAUCCUCUUUAGGUCCUCAUGCUGGCUCAAGUUGACUGUAGUGUCACAGUGGGUCAGCUGGUUUUCUAUUGUUAUGACUGCCAGGGAAUUGUUCAAGGCAAACCGAUUCAAUAUUGCCUUAAAUUCUGAAUGUACAUUAUGCAGAAAUAAGGAUUCAUUUGCUGUGUUUACUGAUGGAAUUGUUCAUUUUUGUUUGUUUUGUCUAUGCAGAAAUGUUGUCGGUAUACUGGCAAAAAGAGAAUUUAUUCAGUCUCUGAAAACAUUGAUGUACAAUGCUACAGAUGUACAAUAUUAUUCUAAACUGUGGACACACAUGCAAUUCCCUAAUACAAAAGCCAAUUAUUUUAAUGAGAAACCAGGCUGCUUUUUUUUAUUUCAGCCCGAGAACCUAAAGAUAAAGAUUGUUAUUAUUAUUAUAUUUUUUGUUAUGUUGGAAAUGUAACCUUUACAAAGAGAAUCUUGUUAUAUUGACGAUUGUGUGUCCAGAAAGCUGUUGUGCACUGUUGUACGGUGUCUGCAGCGAUGUGUCAAGAGAGAGAGGAGUUCAAUGCUCCUAUUUCAUAAUAAUCUAUUUGCCAUUAAAAGACAUGUCUGCAGAUGGUACUAGCAAUUUAUAAACAACAAAUGAACUGGGGUUAACUACACAAAAAGAACAUGUCAAAUUCCAAUAUUGUAAUGAAUUCUGUACAGAAUGUUAAUCUUUUUCCUUAAUUGUUUUGGUUUUCUCUUGGAUCUGUACAUUGCAAUGGGUGUGAAGAUAGUAUUUUAAUAUUUGUAUAGUUUAAUUUAAUUCUACUAUGUAUAUAACUAUUUCUAAUUAAAGGUUUCUUUUGACGUGUU